AAUCCACUCGCAAUUCUGCUGCGCGAAAUCCACCGAAAAUUCACCGCAAAUGAUGCCUUCCACUACACUCCGGCCGCUGGUGCCAGCGGCGGCUUCGCCGGCGGCGGCGUUGACGGUGCGCGCGGUGCGGAACUACGACUCGAUCCCGAAGCGGAAGCCCUUCAGUUCCAGCCGCAGCAUCCUCGACGAGUUCCUCAGGCAGGAGAAGCCCCUCGUCCAGCGCACCAAGGACCAGAUCACAGAUUAUUGCACGACCAUAGAAGGUGAUGAAUGUUGCAGCUGUUGGGAUGCAUACUUUGAACUGAAUAAACUUGAGCACGAGCUACCCAAAGAUGAAAUCGCAAGGAUGGUGAAGGAUUCAGAGGGAGAUGUGAGAUACCUGAUUGAUAGCAUCCAUCACCGUUCAAAUCUACGGAAGAAGAUGGCUGAGAAAACUCGUGCUACCGUCUCAUCAAGCUCCCUGGGGCAAUCAGCGAAGCCGAGGCCUUUCCCUGUGCCUGAUGGGUUGCCGAAAACGCAGGAAGAGCUUGCUGAAGAAGAGGAAGCCCUGAUGCCUGAGUCUUCUUACACCAGGUUACUCAGAAGGAUGGGGAGAUACCCUGAUUGGUACACCCCACGCCCUGAUCAUGAGACUGACUGAAUCAAGUCAUCCACCAUCAUCCAACUGUCCGUUUUCGAAAUUUUGCGGCGUGAUAAUCUGAACCUCUGUGGCCUCUGAUAUAGAUUAGUGUUGAUGUUGCACCUAUGCAGAUUAAGCUUGUUCUUCCCUGCUUUUGCUAUAUGAACUGUAUGAUGGUGUCUGCUUUGUGCUGUACAGCUCCUACGUCCAGAAUAGCUUUUAUUCCACUCUUUAUCCCCCUUCGAGGUUCUGUGUAAUGAUGCAUCAUUUUAUAUAUACUGGAAUAAAAUCUCUGGGUUUCAUCAGAGUUCGUGGA